GGCCCGCGAUCCAUUUUAAAUUGGCCCGCAUCAAAUUCCUAAAAGAUACAGGGAGCAAGCCAAGACCUAAUCUCCCAGCGACCGCAGACCAACUAACUAACUGGGAGGCGGCGCAGCGCUGUAAACGUCACCACGUCCAGCACGGCAGGCACCUCAUUCCCUCUGAUUACAGUCCCUGGAGAGGAGAGAGACUGCUGCUGCUGCUGUGCCGGCAUGCCCCGCCCCCCACUUCGCUGGCUGGCCUGUGAGGAGACUGGGUGUGUGAGAGUGUGGACGUCACUAGAGCUGUGCUGCCCAGGCACGCCCCCCUCCCCACGGCUUCACUCUGGCUGGCUGGCUGGAGUCAGACUGUAAGCCUGCCCUCUGGAAACUGGGUGGGGACUGGGGAGACAGCGUGUGGACGUCUCAGGAGACUGAGAGAGGCUGCCUGCUGCAGUGUGCUGCCAUUCACCAUGACUACGAGAAUAGAUGCAAAUGCUGCACUCCUGAGCAAUUAUGAGGUUUUUCACCUCCUUACCGAGCUGAAAGCUAAGCAGAGAGAAGUACGAAAAAACAAGAAUAGUGUCGGACAACAAAAUCUUAACACUAUCAUGUACGAAACCCUGAAAUACUUGUCAAGCAGUCCAUGCCACUAUCAAACCCCUGAAAUUUUACAGGAAUUUCUAACGGCAAUGAAAGGGCAUAAACUGACCAAAGCUGAAAAGUUACAGCUACUUAACCACAGACCUAUGACUGCAGUUGAAAUACAACUGAUGGUGGAAGAGAGUGAGGAAAGACUUACAGAGGAACAAAUUGAGCAGUUGAUUCAGACAACAACAAACAUUCUUCCAGGAGACCCAGAAUCGGAAAUAAAAGAGCAGGCAGAAAUGGCCACUGAAGAAACUCAGUAGAGAUAAAUACACAAGCUAAAGACUCAAACACUGUAUUAUAUUCAUGUGUUUAAAAUGUACUUUCAGAAAGAAUGAAUUUCCUUAUUUGAGUGAAUAUUUAUUACUUUUUUGUCAUUAUUUUGUUAUUCUACCAUAUAUACCAUCCGUUUUUUUUAUAAUCAGCUGUUAUGUGUGGUCCAAUGCUUUAAAUGGUGUGUUCUCCUGCACUCAUUGAACUUGCAAAUAAAACAACUGGAAUCUU